UGUAGCCACGCCUUUUUUUUUUUAUAUGACGCUCUCAAAACAAAUAAGUCACUUGUUGAAUGUUGUUUUCAAAAAUAUUAAUAAAAAAAUUAUUUUUAUGUUUUGUUAAUAUAAGUUUAGUUAUUUAGUUAUGAUUUUUUUUAAAGGCCAAGCCUUUUAUUUUAUAGUUCUCUCCUGUCUAUUAGGAAUCGUUUCUAGUACUGUACUAGAACAGUUCCUAGAGAAGCAGGGAAAUAGAGAAAAUAUUCUGAAAUGGUGUACGAUAGGACUUGAAGAAUAUAAAAAAUGCGCGACUUUUGCGAACGUUGUAUCUCAAGAUUACCGCCAAUUUGACACAGAUUACUUUAACGUGAAAUGUGUAAAUGGGUCGGGCAAGGAAGACUGCAUGGCGAUGAUCGAACAAGACAAAGCAGAUAUUAUUGCGUCUGAUGCUGGUGAGGUUUUUACAGGAGGAAGAUACUUUUCACUAGUGCCUAUUCUUCAAUUCAUGUAUUCAGAAAAUAAAAAGACCUAUUAUACAGUGGCAGUUAUAAAAAAGGGGACUCUAAAGGAUGUGACUAGCCUUUGGCACUUAAGAGGAAAGAAAGCUUGUUUCACAGGAGUUGGACAUCUGGCCGGGUGGACUGUACCACUUGACGUGCUUAUGAAAAGAGGGGGUUUACAAACUGUUGAUUGCAAUAAUCAAGUUAAAAACGCCAUCGAAUACUUUGGACCAAGUUGUGCCAUUAAUUCACUGAGAGACAAAUACAAUCCAGUAGGCGACAAUUCGGAUAAACUUUGCAAACUUUGCAUCGGUAAAGUAACAGGAGGGAAAUGCACCAAUACAGAUCCAUAUGCAGGAUUUUCAGGGGCUUUCCGCUGCCUUGUGGAGGCUGGAGACAUAGCAUUUUUGAAGCACACGACUGUUGCUGAAUUAACCAAUAGUAAAGUAGAUUUCCCUUCCUUGUCAAGGGAUGAUUUUGAACUGAUUUGUAUUGACGGUAGUAGAAAACAUGUAGAUGAAUACAAGGUAUGUAAUUGGGGACUGAUUCCUUCACCUGGUAUUAUUACUUCUUCUGCAAAAAGUACAAAAUUAAGGAGGCGUUAUCAGAAAUUUUUACAGAGAGCUAUUCAGCUUUACGGCAAUACUGACCAAAACAGAACCAACUCUGACUUAUUGUCAAAUAAUGGUUUUAAAACAGGAAGAGAGCAAGAUGUGUAUAACAGUGACAACGCUCAGUUCGGAAGAGAGCGUGAUCAGUAUGGAAGAGAACGUGACCAAUUUGGAAGAGAGCGCGAUCAGUAUGGAAGAGAACGUGACCAGUUUGGAAGAGAGCGCGAUCAGUAUGGAAGAGAACGUGACCAGUUUGGAAGAGAGCGAGAUCAGUAUGGAAGAGAACGUGACCAGUUUGGAAGAGAGCGAGAUCAGUUUGGAAGAGAGCGAGAUCAGUAUGGACGAGAUUAUGAUCAAAGUGGAAUUUACAGAUUAGACAAUCAUAAUAAACCUGACAAAGGAUUUAAUUACAACUCUGAAAAUAGAAGCCCUUUUAAUUCAAGUGAAUCAUACCAGAAGCAGAACAGUUUUAAUUUUUUCGAGUCUGUCCCUAGAUACGGCAUUGUCCACAACCUUUUAGUUGAUGAUGCAACAGAAUAUUUAAUAGCUUUAGAAGAACAGAGUCAAACCUAUACAUCAUACCUUGGCCAUGCUAUGGAUUGGAUCAUGGCAUUGCGGGAUUGUCCUGUGAGAAAAAUGACGCUCUGUGUCACCUCUGAGCCUGAAAUGGAAAAAUGUCUUAAAAUGAGGACUGCUUUAAAAGCACAACUUUUGAAACCGGAAAUGUCAUGUUUCAAAGGACAUAGUCAUAUUCAUUGCAUGCAAGCCAUAAGGAAUGGUGAUGCUGAUAUAUCAGUAUUUGACGCUGGUGAUGUUUAUACAGCUGGCCUAAAAUACAGUUUGGUACCUUUCAUGUCAGAAGUUUAUGACCUGCAAAGUCCUGAUUAUUAUGUUGUGGCUGUAGCUAAAGAGGAAGACCCAUAUACUGAGAUAACUUACCUUAAAGGCAAAAAUACAUGUCACGGUGGUAUCAAUUUUGGUGCUGGUUGGGUAGUGCCAAUGGCUUUUAUGUUGUCCAAUGGCUGGUUGAGGCCAUAUGGCUGCAAUGCGAUGCGAGCUGCUGCUGAGUACUUUUCAAAAUCAUGUGUGCCAGGGGCCAUCUCAACAGAAUAUAAUACUGACGUUCCAUAUGAUAACAUGUGUCACCUUUGUCAUGGAAGUAGUUACACAUAUUGUCGAAGGGAUGCUUCUGAAGAUUAUUACGGUCAUACAGGUGCUUUUCGCUGUCUUGUGGAAGGUGGUGGCGAUGUGGCAUUUGUAAAACAUACCACAGUUUUAGAAAAUACAGAUGGUAAAAGGAGAGAAUGGUGGGUGAGGAAUGCACUCAACGAAGACUUCCAACUUCUAUGUCCAGAUGGCACUAGAGCUGCUCUUAAUAAAUUCCGUGACUGCAACCUUGGCAAGGUGAGGGCAAAUGCAAUUGUGACAAGAGGCGGAGAUGCAUAUAACAUCACUGAAAUAAAUGCGUACAUCAAUUUAUUUAUUUAUGGUCAGCAGUUUUAUGGAAGGCGAGAUCAAGAUGAUUUCAACUUUGCCAUGUUUUACUCGCAUCCACCAUAUUCAGAUUUGAUAUUUCAAGAUGCCUCGACACAUUUACACGUCAUUAAGCCUGAACUCCGUUGGUACUCAGACUACCUUGGAAAAGAUUUUAUGAGAGCUAAAAGAAUUGUUGACUGUCACGCUUCUUCAAAUUCAAAUCUACCAUCAAAACUAUUAUUAUUUAUUGCUUUACUUAUAUUUAAAUAUUAGAGAGAAAAGGGAAUGAGCUCUUCUCAAAUCUAAAGCCAUUCAGAGACAUGAUAUUUUUAUUAUCAAAUUUUCAAGACAAAAUCGCAAUGAAUUUUAUUUUGUAACAUUUUUUUUUAUAUAUAUAAUGUUAAUCACUAAGUGAAGACUGCACAGAUCUGAUUGUAAGAAAUUAUCCGUCCAAUUUGUUAUAAAUUAUUUUUUAUAGUAAAGUCAUUAAAUAUAUUGUUUUUAUAUACAUGUUGUUUUUGUAACUGUACAUUUUAACAUGACCAUUUAUAUAUUUUAAGAAAUAAAGCUAACAAAAUUUUAUUAAAAAAAAAAAAAAUA